UAGCGCCACUUGCAAAGAAAAACAGUAGCUGCAAUCGCUCGUAUCGCGUUCGCAUAUUAGUGUCUUUCUACCCUCUCUGCCGCAGAGAUCUCGAACAAUGGCGUCAAAUCGGGGUGAUGGAGGCGGUAUAAGAAUUUGUUGCUCUGCGCAUCCCGACGCUGCUUUGAUUGAGGAUUAUCGAGCGGGUGAUCAAAUUUGCUCCGAGUGUGGACUUGUUGUUGGUGACAGGGUAAUUGAUGUUGGUUCUGAAUGGCGAACAUUCAGCAACGAAAAAGCCAAUGCAGAUCCUUCUCGUGUUGGUGGGUCAGAAAAUGCUUUACUAAAUGGAACAGAUCUCUCAACCAUGAUUGGACCCGGUACUGGCAGUGCCUCUUUUGAUGAGCAUGGUGUGGCAAAAUACCAAAACAGACGGACAAUGAGCAGCUCUGAUCGUGCCCUUGUGAAUGCCUUCAAAGAAAUCAGUAACAUGGCUGACAGGAUCAACUUACCUAGGACUAUAGUUGACAGAGCAAACAAUUUGUUCAAGCAGGUCCACGAUGGCAAAAACUUGAAAGGACGUAGCAAUGAUGCCAUUGCCUCUGCGUGUCUAUACAUUUCCUGCAGACAAGAAGGCGUCCCGCGAACAUUCAAAGAAAUUUGCGCCGUCAGUAAGAUCAGCAAGAAAGAAAUUGGAAGAUGUUUCAAGUUGAUUCUGAAAGCCCUCGAAACUUCAGUCGACAUCAUCACUACCGCAGAUUUCAUGUCCCGUUUCUGUUCGAAUCUUGGAUUGCCGACCAUGGUGCAGAGAGCGGCAUCGCAUAUCGCUCGUAAAGCAGUCGAGCUUGAUAUCGUUCCUGGUCGUUCACCGAUCUCAGUAGCUGCCGCCGCUAUUUACAUGGCUUCACAGGCGUCAGAUGAAAAAUCUAAAAAGACCCAAAAAGAGAUUGGCGAUAUAGCUGGUGUGGCUGACGUGACCAUCCGGCAAUCUUAUAAACUGAUGUACCCACGUGCCGCAGAGCUCUUUCCUGAAGAUUUCAGAUUUACUACACCUAUUGAGCAACUCCCUCAACUUUAAAAAAGAACCACGUCGUUUGUUUUGUGAUCGCUGCUGGACCUUGGAAAAUUUAUCUUUCACCCUCCCUUCUCACACACUUUUACACUUAAUUCGCCUCGUUUUCGGUCCAAAAUCCCCAUCCAUUUCAAAUAGCUUGUAUUGUUGUAUGACACGAAGAAUGUCUUCAUCCGUAAAAAUUCCGCGACGCAGGUUUUGAAGAGUGGACUUUUUUCUCUUUUGAUUCAAAUUUUUACAUUUUGGGGCACGGUGUAGCACUAAGAGAGAGAGCAACCAAACAAACAAAAAAAAAAUUAUAUAAUUCUUAGCCGUGAACUAUAGACUAAAGAUUUAGGUAUGGCUUUGGAGAGAAUAGCAUGUGUUAAGCUUUCGCAAGCGUCGGCGAUGGGGCAUGUUUUGCUUGCUUUUCUCCGAGUAUCUAUACGAUUCCAAUUUGCAGGCACCGCUUGUCCGCGAUGUUGACCAGCCUUUUUCGUCGUCGAGUGGUUUUUAAAAAUCCUGCUGUAGUUUUGAAAAUGUAUGCAAUCAUCAUUGUGGUGGUUGAAACACCCUGUGUAUCGCUGUGCACCGUUGGAAGUACACGAUUCCUUAUUUUCA